UGUUGAAUCAAGAAGCUAUGGUUCGUCAAAAUGGAUGGCUUCAUCAUCUGAUAAUAAUAUACAGAGAGGACGGAAGGUUUUUAUCAGUGAAGAACAUAUUUCUUGGGUUUUAACAAGGUAUAGUGCACCAACAAUACUAGAUUUACUCAAGGAAGUUGCUCAGUAUCUGGAUGUGAAAAUAAAUUGGAAUGUGGUGGUCAAGAAGACGACGACCGGUAUUACUAAUGCCUGGGAGUAUCAGAUGUUAUGGAGACAUUUGGCCUAUUGCGAUAAGCUGCCAGAAACAGUAGAAGAAAAACUUGAGGAAAAGCGGUUGGAUGAUGAAGAUAGUGAGUUCGAGUAUGAGUUGGAAGCUUUUCCUCCUGCUACUGAUGAAGCAUCAUUACAGGCUGCAGCUUGUGUUAAGGUAUUGCUUGCUUCUGGCUUGCAAGAUGACGAAGGAGGAGGUUUUGCAACUGUAGAAGCUCCAUUGACUAUAAAUGUACCUACUUGGCAGGGUUAUAAAAGUCUAUUGGAUGAUCCUCCGCUGUGCGGCUCAAAGGGAAUAAGUAUUACUGUUACAGUUUCUGUACAAAAACAAUUGUUCGACUGCAGUGAAAACAAAUGCAGUGACAACAGCUGAAGGUUUGGAUGCAACUGUGUCAAAUGCUGGUGGCCAGCCUGCAAAAGGAAAAAGGAAACCUUCAAAGGCUUGGACUGCGGAGGAGGAUGAUUUACUCAUUGCUGCUGUGGAAAAAUUAGGUGAAAAGAAUUGGGCGAAGAUUCUUA